AUGAGGAGAGGAUACGAGAAACUAGAUGGGAACGGUAGUCGACGGAGGAAGAGAAGGGUGGUGGAGUUGGCGACGGAAAACGGGUCAAGCCGGAGGAGGCUGUUCUGGAGGAUAAGGUUGACUCCCAGGCUGAAGCUGAAACUAAGAUUAAGAUUCUCGCCCAAGAAAUUUAUCCUGGGACGUCGGGAUGCCUACAUUAAUUUGAUGACCAAGCUGGCCAGCAGCCGGUUCGUCAACAGCAGGGUGGCCGGAUAUCCUGGGGAGGGCAUCAGCGGGUUUGGGUUGCGCCCGCUCAAAGAGUACGACGAGAAGAUGAUCGUCGAGAUCUACAAGUCUUUGGUGAUGGCUCAGGGCCACCAAUUGGUGAAUCCUGGCGUCGUUGUCGCAGUCGCACCCCCACAAAAUUCCCACUCUUCCGACGGUAACUGA